ACUGCUCUUGUUUUGUGUUUUUCUCAGUUCCCCCCAAAAAGGAACUGAAUACAGUAGUAAAAAAGUCAAAGAAAAAUAUGCUCAUUUGCACAGCUGUAAAAAUAAACCUCCUGAUUACAGCAUGUGUUUUUCUAGGUGUAGAGUUACUUGAACUGGAUAGCCAAAAUAUUUCUUGGCUUGUUUUGUCCAGGAUUGUUAGGAGGGUUUUUGAUUUUUGCUACUUGCAUGGACUAGUGCAUUGCACACUUUGGGAGCUUGCAGCUUAAAAAUAAGUCAGAAAAUUCUUGGACUAACAAUUUCUAUCCCUUCAUUGGAUAUCAGACAAGUGGUGGCAUCUGCAAAGCCAGAAAAGGAAAGGCUUGCCUUAUACAGACAGCUCUGUGCAAUGACACAAUGGCUCCGAUAUAAAGUGUUGCUUGACCUGAGCUUGGAAGGCAAAGGAACAAAGAAACAACAAGUGACAGUUUUUGAGAACUGAAGAAGCAUUGAAGUCCCCUUACGAUGGAUAAAUUUAAGGCUGCUCUGUUGCUGGCAGGGGUAGGAGACGCUCUGGGCUAUCGAAAUUUCACACGGGAAAAUAAUGCAUUAGGUGCAAAGAUUCAAGGGGAACUGAAAGAAAUUGGAGGACUCGAGAACCUGGUCCUGUCAUCUGACAAAUGGCCAAUCAGUGAUAAUACUCUUAUGCACAUGGCUACAGCUGAGGCUCUCGUCACAGAUUACUGGUGUUUAGAAGACCUAUAUCGGGAACUUGUAAAACGUUAUGUGGAUGCUAUUGACAAACUUCCUGGGAGACGAUCAGAUUCUGCUACUAUCGAAGCCUGCUCCCAACUGAAACCAGACAACUAUCUCCUGGCUUGGCACACACCAUUUAAUGAGAAAGGUUCAGGAUUUGGAGCAGCUACAAAAGCCAUGUGCUUAGGGAUGAAAUACUGGAAGCCUGACAGGCUGGAAACUCUAAUUGAAGUGAGCAUUGAAGUUGGACGAAUGACUCAUAACCAUCCUACAGGGUUUUUAGGAUCACUGUGCACAGCUCUGUUUGUUUCAUACGCAAUACAAGGAAAGCCACUGGUGCAGUGGGGAAGAGAAAUGAUGAAGGUUGUCCCAAUGGCUGAAGAAUACUGCAAGAAGACGAUUCGGCACAUGGCAGAAUAUCAGGAGCAUUGGUUUUACUUCGAAGCAAAAUGGCAAUUUUACUUGGAGGAGAGAGAAAUCAAUGAAGACAACCAGAAUAAACCCAACUUUCCUGACAAUUAUGAUGCUGAGGAAAGAGAAAAGACUUAUAGGAGAUGGAGUUCUGAAGGUCGUGGUGGAAGAAGAGGUCAUGAUGCUCCCAUGAUUGCAUAUGAUGCUCUCUUGGGAUGUGGUAGUGAUUGGACCGAACUUUGCAACCGGGCAAUUUUCCAUGGUGGUGAGAGUGCGGCGACUGGAACUAUUGCUGGCUGCUUGUAUGGCUUGCUUUAUGGGCUCAACAAGGUCCCUAAAGGCUUGUACCAGGAUCUUGAACAGAGGGAGAAGCUAGAAAACCUGGGAGAGACUCUCUUCCGACUCUCUUCAGAGGAAAACAGAAGUAAAGGUACAAAGCUGGGCAGUGAUAAGGUGCUGGUUGACCCCAUAGUGCUGAAGAAGAAGCUCAGUAAGAUGUCCACAGAACUAGGUGCAUUUGCUGUCCUCAGCAGCCUUCUACUUUACCUCACAGAGCUCCUAUCCAGCCAACCCCAGGUCGAGAGCAAGAAGGCCAAAUGGCUCGAAGGGAUAGAGAACAAGGUGAACUUGAGGCGCGAACGCCAAAGCGCACAUGGCGGCAUUCGUCCCACCAAAUUCCAGCUUCUGCAAUCGAGGUUCAUGAACAACAACCGCGAGGCCUACAGGAAAAAGUCGAGAGAGGUUGGCAAGCUGGUCGUUAAGGAAAAGCAUAACAGAAAUGGGCUGAACUCCAUUGUAAGCAAGCUGGACAAAAGCUCCUCAAAAGAAGGAGAUAGCCCAGAGAUAACACCCCAUGAUAAAGUCAGAUGGGUUUGCUCAACUGGGAAAAAUACUGUGAAGAAUAUCCUGAAGAAAUUCUUAGUUGCUGAGGAAAAACAAGAAGCUAAAGAUAGAGAAAAGCAGGUGGCUCCAAAAAAGAAGACACCAAACGAUAACCUGCCGAAGAUAAUCAACAAAAACUCUGUCUUGUCCAAACUGAAAGAAAAGUUUGAACAAAGCAGUAAUAUCUGUUCAGCCAUUGAGGUGAAAUCUUUGCUGCCAUGCAAAGGCGAGAGAAAGAGCAAAAAGGGCCCAGAGAGAAAAAAGAUUUGCAAACCUGAAAUAAGAGUGCUUGAAAGGAAACUGAGGACAACCACAAUUGUCAACAGCCCUCAGCCUCAACAGCUGGUAUGCACAACUGUCCCUACACCUAAAUUCUGUGUUGCUACUGAAAUUAGUCACCCUUGGAGUUGGACUACAAAUGCCAAGUCCGCCACUCAGCCUUCUGAAGUGGGGAGACCAAAAAACAUCCAGAAAGCACCUGACAUUGGGUCUCAUGACAGCAGGAUACCAGAAAGAAUGGCACAUAAAGGGCAACUGGGAGGACAGUUGCAAAACAAGCAUCAUGAAAUGCCUAAGGUAGUGGCUGACAAAAAGGACAUUGUCGAGAGUAAUGUAACUCCUACAAGCCCAGGUUCUAAUCAAGACAGUGUUCUUCCUUCACGUGAAAGUGUGUCCCUUGUUGAUUGCAUUCCUCCUUUAUCUAAGGACAGCUUAGACCACAAAGAGAACAUCAUACCGCCUGUGGAUGAUACCUUUUCCAGGUCCAGAGACAAAAAUGCAGCAAAAAUCAUGAACAGAGAAAACAUACCUACUAACGACCUCUCUUCUAAUCCAGCUGAAGAAGUUCAUGCACAUAGUCACCAGGAAAUGAAAGGGGAUGGGAUUCCUGGCAUACCAGAAGGCAUGUUCAGGCCAAAGGAGACAGAAAUAGAAUUAGCAGAGCCUAUAAAAGAUCCCCCAUUCACCGGCCAAAAAUGUUUCUCUGAAAAGAAAGUGUUGGAAAAUAUUCCACCAUUUCUCUCUCCUGUAGCUCAGGCAUCCUGUAACAGAGAGCCUCCAAUAAAGGACCAGCAAUCAAGUGUUGAACCUGCAGCUGUUCACAAAAUGCCUCCGCUUAAGCCAAGUCGAGAUAACGCACAAGGUUUUGGGAGUAUGUUUUCUGACGCGGUUCAGAACAAAGAAAAGCUGCCUGAUAAAGAGGAACUAUUUCCUAGCCGUAGCAAAAGUGACCAUGAGGGUAAAGCAAAGAAGGGGGUGCUACAGCCAUUGAGAAGCCAAGGUGAGCCAUCUGAUCACCAGGCAGAAAGUGAGCAUUUGCCCAAAGAGCCACAAGCACAUCCAAAGCUGAGCCAACAAAAUAACCCUAGCUCAAGCAUAUCAAAACAGACUAUAGAUCAACCACACCAAACUCCUACUUCAAAUAAGAGCCAGAAAGACAACAAUGAUGUAAAAGGAAAUGAUUUUGGAAAAGACCUUUGCCCUUUGACUGGCGAUUUAGAUAAACCCAGCUGCGCUAGAGCAGCAGAGAAUACUAGCAAAGCCGAACUGCGCUCGGAUAAUGAAAAGACAAAUUCUGAAAACAAGAGCAAAAAGGGAAAUAGUAGCUUGAGCCAUUUGGAUACCUCUCAGAGGCAGCCGGAAGAAUUCAUCAGCCACGAAACUGGCAAUCUGGAAAAGAAUCCUGCGCCUCCUUCUGGAAAAUCUCGCUCAUCCUCACUGACCCACUCAGCAAAUCCAGAAGGCAAUACUCCAGAAGCCGACAGACCUUGGUGCAGUGUCGGAAACCUCCAAACCCCAACAUCAAAUGCAGUGAAAAAGAAAGAGAGCUGUAUUGUAGCUAGUCCUAAUUCUGAGAAACACCAUUUCCUUUCUCCAGCUGAAUUGCUGAAGCCCAAGGGGCCACCUGGGCAAGACAACAAACCACCAACAAGCAAUUUGUGCAAUGAUUUAAUUAAGAGUGAAAACCGUGAUGUAGAAGUUGAGGGUAUGAGUCCCCAGACCAGGAAGUAUCAACCACCCUCAACAAAGGAGAUUAGAAAGCGUGAAAUUAGUCCUGUAGGGGACGCAAGUCCCGCGCACAAUGUGGAGAAGCAGCAGGUGCCCUUGGGAAACAAAACUGGGGAACCUGAAAGCAUGAAAGUGAUGGCAGAAGUAAAGCCUGAGAAAAGCAGAUUUCCCUCCCAAAAUGAAACAGCGAAGCAGGGGAACGGUGAAGGAGGAGAAAGACAUCUAGUGAAAGAAGCACAAUGUCUGAUUCCAUCAUCUGUUGACAGAAAGGAGCAAGAAGACAAAGCAACAGAAGAGAAAAGCUCUAUAGUGGGAGGUAAGAAGUUGAUGCAUAACUCCACUAUGCCCCAGAAAUCAAGAAAAAGUGAACUUGCAGAGGGUGGUGGUGAAAGAGACCCACCAAAGCAUCAAACUAGCAGUCCUGGGGUGCUACAUUCCCCAGAUAACUCAAAAUGUCAAACGCCAUCAAGAGAUCCAGAAAAAGGUGGAACUGUUGCAUCAAAAGAUGGAAACACUGCAAAACACCAGCUCUCCUCACUCAAAGAACCAGUGAAAUGUGAUGAUAAUGCUAACCAAAUAAAUGCCCAGGAUAGCCUUAAGAGUGACAAAAUACCAUUAUCUGGCAAGAAAGUGAAAAAUGAAAGCAAAUUGGGGAAGACAAAAGAGAACACUACUAAUUCUGGGCAAAACCAGUUACCUUUGGGAAAUGAACUUCCAAAGAAUGAAAAGGCCGAGCCAAUGAAACCUGCAGCAGAGAAGUCACAGAAACCAUCUUUAGGUGACUCUAGAAAUGGACUUCCAAAGAGUAAAGAGACUACUGUAAGCAAAUUGGGGAAGACAAAAGAGAAGACUAGUAAUUCUGGGCAAAACCAGUUAACUUUGGGAAAUGAACUUCCAAAGAAUAAAAAGGCCGAGCCAAUGAAACCUGAAGCAGAGAAGUCACAGAAACCAUCUUUAGGUGACUCUAGAAAUGGACUUCCAAAGAGUAAAGAGACUACUGUAAGCAAAUUGGGGAAGACAAAAGAGAACACUAGUAAUUCUGGGCAAAACCAGUUACCUUUGGAAAAUGAACUUCCAAACAGUAAAAAGGCCGAGCCAAUGAAACCUGAAGCAGAUAAGUCACAGAAACCAUCCUUAGAUGACUCUAGAAAUGAACUUGCAAAGAGUAAAGAGACUACUGUAAGGGAGAGAGGUCCUUUGCGCAACCUUAAGGAAGAUCAAAUACGAGCACCAAAUGAAUCAAAGACUGAGCCAGUAAAUCUUGCAGCAGGGGAGCCACAGAAACCAUCCUUGAAUGACUCUAGAAACCAUGAGGAUAUUGCUAAGAAUGAAAAACAGGCUUCAUGGAAUUCUAAGAACCAGCAGCUACCCUUAUCAGAUGUGAAACAGGAGAGCCAUCCAUAUAGUGUCACAGCAGGGAAACAGCAGCAGCAACCACAACCACCAAAGGAUUAUGUCAAGCCUAAAUCUAGUAUAAGAGAUGGAAAGCAUAUGCACCAUAAAUCUGAGAAGUAUCGUCUUCCUGCCUCAGAUGAACUGGGAGUGCAUGAAAAGAACGCUAGUGAAAGGAAAGGUUCCUUGGCUUCAUUUUCAAGUCACGACAGGACCGUGCAAAAGAAGAAAACACUAUGUGAGACUGAUACCGGUCCCAAAUUGGGCUCACUGAACAAGACAUGUCCUGCAGAACAGAGAAAACAACAGCGUAGUCCUCCUGGCAAGUACCAAACUCUAUCAGUAAAUGUGCUACCAGAGCAAGGAAGUGGGGAAUCUCAAAAGCACGGGGCUGAUGCAAUAAGUCAGAAAGCUAGAUCGCUAGCCUUGGAAAAAUACAUAGCAGAAAGCUACAGUGAAGAACUAGUACCUUUGUCUAUUAAACCAAUGGUUGUUCGUGUGAUUGAUACAAUUAAGCUUGAUAACUAAAUGCAGCUCAAACGACUGGAAUAUAGACCUGAAUUUUUCAUCCUUUGGCCACUGUUUUACUUCAGAGCUUUAAAUGAUGAUCAACCGAGCCACUGUUUUACUUCAGAGCUUUAAAUGAUGAUCAACCGAGUCGGCUGUCCGUUGAUCAGUUUUGGAUAUUAGCGGUUAUUAAGAUUGGUGUCACCUGGAACCUCAAGUAAAUAUACAUGUCAACCCAGAAUAAUCAGAAGCCAAUGAUUCGCGUAUGGUAACUCUUAGAUGUAUUAACUAUGGGAACAAAGGCCCAGUCGAUAUAUGUGGCAGAAUAAAGUGGCCUCAUGCCAUCAUAACACUUAUUUAUGUUAGAAACAAACAGAUAAACAGCACAGGAGGCAAAGACUAGACUAGAUCCUUUCUUCCAGAUAUGCUUAACAGAGGAAAGUUUACUAAAACUGUGCCCUUCACCUGGGAGAUAGAAGUGAUUGUGUUUACCCUACCUCCUCAAUAUGCUGCCUCCUGUUUCUUCUGUAUGGGAACCCUCAGGCAAAAUUAAGCACUUUUAAUGGGAGAGACUUAAACAGUAAAAACAACAAAGAAGUUUUGCGGCACCUUAAAGAGCAACCAAUUUAUUGAGGCAUAUCCAUGAAAGCCACAACUUCUUACUGUUGCUCCAGAGGGCAGGGCAACAACAAAUGGGUGGAAAUAGCAAGGAAGCAGAUUAGAAUACACUUCGUAACAAUAAGCUGUCUGACAGUGGAGUGGGCUGCCGUGGGAGACACUUUCCUUCAAUGAAGGGGUUGGGUUUUUGUUGUGUGUUUUUUUUUUGCGAGGGUAGGUAAAAUAUUUUUAUUGAAUUUUCCAUUAUAACAGAUAUUACAAGUCAAAACCAUAAAACUACAGAAGAAAAACAAAACAGAAUACAGAGUGAAUGCAGGAAGGAGACAAUGUUACAUCA